CUUCGACUGGUUACUUCCUGUACAGCGGCUGUUUUCCUGCGGGAGAAAAUAACGUCUACUGAAAGGAGGAAAACACCGACCUGUCCGUACACCGUGUUCACCUGCUGACACAGCCGCGGAGAGAUGACCACCGGAGGGGCGGGUAGCUAGCUGACCGGUAAAGCGACUCCACCGCUCGCCCUUUUGGAUUCAGAAACAGACACUAACGCAGCGUUUAAUCUGCCAGAAGAGACACAACAAACCAUCGAUAUGUCAAAAUACACCAGCUUCCCAGAGCCGAUGGACGACCACAACCCUUUUCAAGACCCUGCAGUGACUCAACACAGCAGCAACACAGGAUAUGCCACACUGGACCUUUAUAACCCAUUUGAUAAUAAUACCACCGGGCCUCCGCCUCCAUACGAAGCCACUUCUCCUUCUGCGCCGUCUGUGCCUGCGCAGACCCCACCCAGCAGGACGACCCCCACUGAGCCUCGAAACUAUGGCUCCUAUAAUAACUCGCAGACUGCGGUGAACGCGACCACAGCGGAGCUCCUGAGGAAGCAGGAGGAGCUGGAGAAGAAAGCGCGGGAGCUGGAGAGGCGAGAGAGGGAGCUGGAGUCACACAGCCUGGGACCUGGAGCCUCCCGUCAGAAUAAUUGGCCCCCACUGCCUUCAUUCUGCCCCGUGGGCCCCUGCUUCUACCAGGACAUCAAUGUGGAGAUCACUCAGCGCUUCCAGCGAACCGUCACCAUCAUGUACUACUUCUGGAUGUUCUGCACUUGCACGCUGCUCUUCAACCUGAUCUCCUCCCUGGCCAUGUUCUGCGUGGACCCCUCGGGUGGUGUCGGCCUGGGCCUCGCCAUCCUCUGGGGCCUCCUCUUCACCCCCUGCUCCUUCGUCUGUUGGUACCGACCUGUGUACAAAGCCUUUAGGAGUGACAGCUCCUUCAAUUUCUUCGUCUUCUUCUUCGUCUUCUUCGCCCAAGUGGUUGUCUCCGUCAUCAUGACUAUCGGUAUCCCUGGAUGGGGUUUCAGCGGGUGGAUCGUGAGUCUGGCUGCUCUGAAGACCAGUGUCCCCGUUGGAGCGAUCAUGAUGAUAAAUGCCAUCCUCUUCACCGCCCAAACUGCCAUGGGGGUUGUCAUGCUGAAGAAGGUCCACAGUCUGUACAGGCAGACCGAUGCCAGCUUUCAGAAGGCCCAGGCCGAGUUCGCCACCGGAGUCAUGUCCAAUCAGGCCGUACGCCAGGCCGCUGCCACUGCUGCCACCAGCGCUGCCACCAGCGCUGCCCAGGGGGCCUUCACCGCACCUCGAUAGAGAGGGACGUGAGGGGUUGGGAGGGUAAGACAUGAAGGCGGAGAAGGGCCCUUUCAGCUUGAUAGAGGAUCUGUUUGGUAUUUAUUUCCCCACUGGUGAUUAGAAUUUGAUUGUUGCGGGGGAAGCUGAGUCUGUAUAAUUACCCGUCAGCGACUGAACUUCAGGGCACGUGCAUGAGACAGAGGGGAGGUUGUCUAAUUUUUAAAAAGGUGUACAGGACAAGUUCACUGCAUUUCCAAAACGAGUCAACGAAUAAUGCGUGUUGAUUCAAAAAACAGGAAGAAGGUGUGAAAUGUGAAAAGAAGCUGAAGCUGUAUGAAAUUUAGCGCAAUCGUACCAAGUGUCGGUGAAUGCAGGGAUAAUGUUUUGGGUUUUUUUUUUGGUAUAUAAGAAGAAAAGUUGUGUGCCAAGUCGGACAGCUCUAGCCUUGUUGACUUUGAAAUGACUCGGAUGUACAUUGUGUUUAUGAGGAGCCAUGUUCGUUUGAGUCGCAGCUGAACACUGAAAUGUUGCCAUUCUAACAUUUGAUCCACAACUGUGUGGCUCAACUUUGGCCAGCGCUUAGAUUUUUUUGUUGCUUACUUGUAAACUAACGAUUUGUUUUGUUAUCACUUCAAAUGAGAAUGCCUAUUUACCUUAUUGCCAAAACAUCUCAUACUGUAAAGAUUAUGAACAUGUAUUGUUUCGAUUACAAUAUAUUUGUCACUGCUCUGGUGGUGCUGCUUGUGGUUCUUAUGAUUAUUACAGGUCUUGGUUUUAAUAAAAAUAUAUUGUCAUGCUUGCACAGUC